UGCGGUUGAAAGUGACGAAAAAAAUGACAUCUUUACCUUAAACUGACGGAUUAUGUUAAUUAUAUACUCUUAAGGAUAGGAGAUAAGCUCAAGGAACUUUAAAUGAAAGCUCAUGAAGUGGACCUGUUGUUUGCCUCAUGGAAUAUUCCAAGACAUCUUUUAGUUCCCUCUAUCCUUCCUCAUGCCUACUCUGAUCUGUGCAACGCCCCUACCCUAUAGCCUGUAAAAACAAGAUAACCUCCUAAAAAGUUAUUUUUAAUACAAGUAUUUAUUUGUCUUGAUUGGCAGAUCUUUUUUAAUCAAGAGAAUCAAGGUCCAAGGGUAAACAUCUGAAAAUAUUGUUCGGAAGGUUGUGCACGGCGCAAUGGAAAGCAUGGUGCGCAUGGAGCUGUCCAUGGGACUGAAUGCCAUAGCAUCAACAAGUAGUGAGCUUUUAAUUUUCUAGGCUACUCACGAGCGCUAUGUUGAAACUAUUGGAAAAACAUGACAUUGGCUGACACAAUAUGGUUAUAACGUUUGAAACUGCAAAUAGCUUUGUAGGAUAAAUCGGAUGUGUUACAAAAGUAUCAGAAGGGAUGACGAAAUGGAUCAUUGCAAGGGGGUAUCAACGCAUCAGAGUCCGUGUGUGAUCUUUGAGAGAGAGACCAAAAAUGUCAAUCCUAUGACGUUAGUUCUGGCGCACGAAUGAAUUCCGAACGAAUGGACGUGCGAGCCAAAUUCGUGAUCAGAAGACGCGGAAAGAACAAGGCGAGAACGAGGUUGGGAGAUCAGGGAAGCCCGAAUUUUAAAACGCUGGGAUUGUCAAUAUUUUAUAGCCUAUUCAAUUGUUAUCUAUAGUGUUUUUCUUUGUUUGUACUGGUCACACGUGACUUUCUGGCGGAAACUGUCUUCUAGAAUUACAGUGCACGGAACUUGGACGUCAUGAUGCCGUUCCUAAGAACCCUGGUUGUGCUGGCUGUCCUCUGCGCGCCAACCUCCAGCCUCUGUCUCAGACUGUACCAGAGCGACUACAACCUCCUCUGUGACGAUGACAUACUAGCUGAGGUCCAGACGAACGACGUUCCCAGUGACACGUUCCCAGUGUCGGAAAGCUUGGGCUCCCUCUUCAAGUCUGGAGACACUCUCUCCUCCGCAGAGUCGCGGGAGAAAAGGACAUCGACUUACCCCGCCAACUACAGGUUUCUCAGUCAGACGCAGCUAAGGAGUAAGAUGUUCCAGAACAGCAUUAAUAAUGAUCGGCUACGCAAGUUUACCCUGUCUCUAGAUGUGCCCACCAACAUCAUGAACAUUCUCUUUGACAUCCAAAAGUCCAAGAACCUGCGCGCAAAAGCGGCCGACAACGCGCGUCUGAUGGCGCAGAUUGGACGAAGGAAGAGACAGUAGACUAUCUCUCCGACGGUUGAAGCCGCUACCCUGAUUAUCCAUUACAUAUUAGAUUUUCACUCUGACAAAUACGUUUUGCUGGAAGUUUUAUUUUUACUCAAAUCAAACUUUCAGAUGCAGUAUUUGUGAGAUGUUUUUUUUCUGUGGGUAUGAUCUAACAAAUUUAAAUACGAAACAUAGGGAUUAUUGAGAUUUACUUUUCUGAAGUACAAUUGGAUUGUUUACUGUACAGGCCUAUUCCAUUUUAGAAUCCCUGAAAUUGAAUGAAAAUCAAAAUACAAUUCAAGAUCAUUUUGAACUAGUCUACACACUGAAUGAUGUUAAUUUCUGUUCAGAAUAUACAUUUCAAUUCAUUAAAAUGAAAGUACUUUCAAGAUAAGGUUAGGCCCUUUAAAGAUCUACAACUUCUAGUCUUCCACUGGACCAGGAAAUGUGGUGUAAUGAGAGGGGUCUUUGAAAUUAGAUAAGGCAAAUGAGGAAAUAUGUCAAUUGCAUAUGCAUAAAAUCAGUGGGUAAAGUGUAAUUAGCCUGUCAAUGGAAAUGGUUUGCAUUUCUUCUCAUUUGUGCCCGCGUUUUAUAGGAAAAGCAAGGCAUACAUAUGCUUGAAAUACAGGGCAGUACGGUACAAUACAAAUUAUGUGAACAAAUUGCUUUCAUUGAAAUUCGCACGCAUGUUGCGGCAUAUUUAGUGUAAAGAGAAGCGAGUUAGCCUAUAUACCUUUGAAUAGACGCUAGAAUGUGAAAUUAUUAGUUAUUCAGUUAUUUCAAGGAAAAUGCAUGGUAGCCUCAAUGUUUGAUCAUCAAAUAUCUGUUAUUUUUAUACACAAAGGGAUUAUUUUUCCUCAAAUAAAAGCAGAUGAAUUAAACGUUGUCUUCAAUAACGGCCAUUUUCACAUUUAGAAGGUGUUGUAAUUUAGGUGUUAGGCAUAAUCAAGUCAGUCAGUCAGCCAAUGGAAAACAACAGCUUUAACAACAGUCUAUAUGAACUAAAUAUAUUAUCGUCCCUAUAUAUGCUAUAGCAUAUAGGUGUGUUACACACACACACACACACACACACACACACACACACACACACACACACACACACACACACACACACACACACACACACACACACACACACACACACACACACACACACACACACACACACACACACACACACACACACACACACACACACAUUUCCUCCUCUCUAAAUAUUUUAGAGGCAUUUAAAGAUGUUAUUUAUUAUUACAUUGUAUUAUAUUAAAUAUUGCAUUUAUUAUGACAACAAGUGAGCCUAUAUGCAAACUUGAAUGUGUGAACCAGCUUCAGGUUAAGAUUUAGGCAGCUCCAGCUUCAGGUUAGUUUGGCAGCUCUGCAGACUGGUCACUAGCUGGCACAGCCACAAAGUGGAAAGAUCUGAUUUUAUACCUAACCCCAGUGACGACCCGUCAUUCAGGGCUGGUGGGACAGAGAACCACUUGUUUUGAGCCCCACUUGUUUUGAGCCCCACUUGUUUUGAGACCCACUUGUUUUGAGACUCACUUGUUUUGAGACCCACUUGUUUUGAGACCCACUUGUUUUGAGACCCACUUGUUUUGAGACUCACUUGUUUUGAGACCCACUUGUUUUGAGACCCACUUGUUUUGAGACCCACAUUUUUUGCCCAAAAAUUGGCUUUGCCUGUAUUGCAUGUUAUUUUGUGUCAGAUAUCAGUUUUCAAACAAUGUAAAAAAAAGAUGUAUAUCAUUGAGUUAAUAAAGCUGCA